AUGCUCUCCACGGUUGAGCUGCCGGCAGCGACGAAUGGUGUGGUGGAUAGCGAUGUGGACUUCGAGUUGGGAUGGCUAGGCUGGGUUGGUGGUUGGAAUCUCCGAGGACUUGCCGUUUUUGCACUUUAUGCUGCCAUCUCCAGAUUGGCUCCAUGUUGCACCAGGGCCAAAGCAAGUGCCCGACUGGUCAUGGCCGUGACCAGGACCAGCGAUAAACUCUUCAAGUCUUAG